GUGUGAGAGAGAGAGAGAGAGAGAUGGUCCUCGGCGUUGCUAUGCGGCUGAGCCUCCGUGCUCCACCCUCCGUGCUCCACCCUCCGUGCUUCGUCAGCUUCCGUUCGCCCAUUCCCUCCUCCGGUCCUCGUCUCUUUCCGGCGACUCUCCCCCCGCACAUUCUGACCAAACCUAGCGGACGCCGCCUCAACAUCUCCACCGCCGCCGGAUUUGGGGUCGCCGUGUUGAAUGACGCCGGCGCUACCACCUUGGCACUCGGUGGCGCUUACGCUUUAGUCUCCACAUUCGAUAACCUCACCCGCCGAGGAAUCAUCGCGCAGACUUUUAGCCGGAAGCUGGUCCACAUAUUGUCAGGGUUGCUUUUUUUAGCAUCCUGGCCAAUCUUUAGGUACAUUUUGUUUCUGUUGAAAGAUCUUGAUUCUACAUUCUAUCCUCUUGUUCACAAUUUUAUUUGCUCCAAAAGGGCGCGCUAUUUUGCUUCCAUAGUGCCCUUCAUAAAUUGCUUAAGACUUUUGGUGAACGGCCUUUCCCUGACUACGGAUGAAGGGCUUAUAAAAUCAGUUAGUCGAGAGGGAAAGCCAGAGGAAUUGCUUAAAGGUCCUCUUUAUUAUGUUCUCGUCUUGAUUUUAUGUGCCGUUGCGUUUUGGCGGGAAUCCCCUAUUGGAAUGAUUACGCUCUCGAUGAUACCCUUAAACUCGCUCACUCUUAGGAUGCUCUAUUAUUAUGCGGUCUUGGGCUACAUUCAACUGGAGUGGAUCAAAACUGCAAAACGAGUUGCUUUGGUUUCGCUGGUGGCAACUGUUGUUGAAUCCCUCCCAAUAACUGGAAUUAUUGAUGAUAACUUGUCUGUUCCUUUGGUUAGCAUAGUUACUUCAUUUUUGGUUUUUGGUUCUAGCUGGUCCCAUGUGUAGUCUCUUGUUAUUGCAGUUGUUAUUGAAUGUCUGUUCUUUGAAUAGUUUCUUAAAUUCUUGAUUUGUGUCUCCCUUCUUUUAUUUUUUUCUGCAUGUAUUUGCAUAGUGGCUCUUGAUGUGGUUCUGGCAAAUGAAACGAGCCUUGUGACAGCACAUGGUUUUUAAAUAAAAUGGUUAGUUACAAAAGAAGUAUAACUAUUUUUUAUUUUUUUUUAUUAUAUAAACAAGUAUGGUAGUACUUUGG